UAAAAACUGAAAAGAGACCAGAUAGCUACUGCACAUUAAUAGUAUUCUCCACAUUGUUCUACAAGGUUUUGCUUAACUUGGGUUAACUUUACCAACUCGGAUUACUUUUGAAGAUUUAUCAUAGUUUAGUUCGUCUUUAAAGGACAGACUCCGAAGACAAUAGAGAGGUUCCAAACAGAGGUCCAAAGUUUUAGGUCCCAAAAAAUUAGAGAAUUAAGGUCCAAAAUAGAGGUUCAAAGAAGACAACUUUCCCCUCUCCCUGAGAAUGACUUUUGUUGUCCUUCCUCUCUUGUAAUCUUGCAACCUUUCCCUUACAGACUUUAUCUUGUAACCUUUCAGUUUCAAAGACAUAUUUUACUUUGUAAUUUUGUAACUCUUCAGACAGUGCGUAUUUUCAAAGCUUGUAUCAAAGACAGAAGUUUUAUUCUAACAGUGCUUAUUCUCAAAGCUAGUAUCAAAGACAGAAGUUUUCAGUUUUAAUCAGAGACAGAAGUUUUAUUCAACAAAUUUCCAUUUCCAAACUAUGGCUGUUGCUCUAGUUUCUGCUAUCGUGGAGCGGCUUGGUUCUUUAGCUUCUUCAGAGUUCAAGUUGACUGCAACUGUUAAGAAAGAAGUCCAAAAGCUUGCAAGAAAAUUCUGUACCAUUCGGGCAGUGCUCAAUGAUGCUGAGAAGAGGCAGCUGAAGGAGGAAGCUGUGAAGCUUUGGUUUGAGAACCUCGAAGGCGUAUCGUACGAGAUCGACAACGUGUUGGAUGAGUGGAACACUGUCAUGAUCAAAUCCGAGAUUGAGAAACAACAAAAAGAAUUCGAAGAAGAAGAAAAAGCUGAAACUAGUACUGCUAAGAAGAGGAAGGUAUGGCCCCUCAUCCCCAACUUCAAUUCCUCAGUUCCUGAUUGUUUUCAGCAUCGUGAUAUUGCUCAUAAGAUAAAAGACCUUAACGAAAAAUUAGAUGAGAUUAUCAAAGAGAAGCAGAUGUUCGGGUUUAAAGUGAGUGGGCCCAUGGAAGAAGUAUUUGAGAGACCAAAAACUACUUCUUAUGUUGAUGUGUCUGAAAUUGUUGGUCGUGAUAAGUAUAAGAAAGAUCUAGUGAGCAUUCUAUUGGACGAGGGUACUGAAAAAGAAAAACACCCCCGUGUCAUCUCUUUGGUGGGCAUGGGCGGUAUUGGAAAAACUACUAUUGCCCAAUUAGCCUACAAUGAUAAGGAGGUGCAAGCCCAUUUUGAGAAAAAAGCGUGGGUUUGUGUUUCGGAUCCUUUCGAUCAGUGCAAGGUUGCCAAAGAAAUCCUUGAAUCUGUUGAACGUCAGUCCCCCAACUUGACUGCAUUGCAAAGUCUAUUGGAUGGAAUUUGUGAUAAAGUUCGGGGAAAAAAGUUUUUCCUAGUCUUGGAUGAUGUGUGGACCGAAGACUAUGCGAUGUGGCAGCCAUUUAGAGAUGCACUUAAAAGUUGUUGUUCCCAAGGUAGUGGAAUUCUAGUCACCACACGUAAAGACCAAGUUGCAAAGAUGAUGGAAAGUGCAAAUACGAUCAAGUUGAACGAAUUGUCUGAGGAAGAUUGUUGGUUGGUGUUUAGUAAAAUAGCAUUUUUUGGUAAAGAUCCUCAGGAACGUGAGCAACUAGAAGACUUUGGCAGACAAAUAUCAAAGAAGUGCAAAGGUUUGCCCCUUGCUGCAAAGACUCUAGGGAGUCUCAUGUUCUUUAAGAAAAGUAGAGAAGAAUGGAGGUAUGUUUUGAAUAACAAUUUGUGGGAAUUUGAAGAUGUUGAAAGAGGUCUUUUUGUUCCGUUGUUAUUGAGUUAUUAUGAUUUGUCAUCACCACUGAAACGGUGUUUCUCAUAUUGUGUUGUCUUUCCAAAAGAUUAUGUCUUUGAUGUUGAUAUGUUGGUAGAGAUGUGGAUAGCACACGGAUUUGUUGUGUCAAAGGGAAAUAUGGAGGUGGAAAUCAAGGCACGAGAAUACUUUGAAAAUUUAGUCUUACGUUCUUUCUUCCAAGAAUUCAGGAGAUAUGAAGGGCAUGGCUCGUGGAGCACGAGGUACAAAAUGCAUGAUAUAGUGCAUGACUUUGCACAAUCAAUUACUAAAGCUCGCCAUUUGGGAUAUUCAACAGCAUCCCAAUUUCCUCCAUCUGCUGAUAUAUCCAAAAAUCUACGCACUGUCAUCUUUUUUAAUCAAUGUGAUUAUAACAUGUCUAAUUUAGUCCAGAAUUUUAGCAGUUUACGGUUAUUAACGACUGGUAUAGAAAUUCCAGAUACAAUAGGAAAUUUAAUACACCUAAGGUAUCUCCGUUUGACUAGGUGCAAAAAUGCUUGUUCUCGUAGCAAUUGGGUAUUGCCUGAAACUAUAUGUAAUUUAUGUAAUUUACAAUUUUUGAGGGUUGAUUGUUAUAUUUUAAUAUUACCGCGGAAGAUAGGUAAAUUAAUUAACUUAAGACUUCUUAGUGGAGGUCAAUUAGUGAUUCCAAGAGAGAUUGGAAGAUUGACUUCUCUUAGAACAUUAGAGAGUGUCCUCAUUAGUGAUACGGAUAGCGAAAGAGGUGAAUUUGAAGGAUUAAAAAAUUUGAACCACCUUCGCGAUUUGUCUCUAUCUUUUGGUAUGCAGCUUUUUCCACGGCCUAGAAGAACUGAGAGUAAGUUAUUAAUUUUUAAUGCGUUAGAGCCACCUCAAGACUUGGAGAAGUUACGCAUUAGUUAUUACGGGGGCACCACAAUGUCUCCUAUUUGGUUGGCGUCUUUAACCAAUUUGAAAGAGCUUCAUCUCGAAUUCGCCGUGGAGUUAAUGAGUUUGCCUCCUUUGGGGAAGAUUCUUCCGUGCCUCGAAUCAUUAACUAUAACGCGUGCGGAUAGUUUGGGAAAAGUGGGAGUUGAAUUUUUGGGAAUAGAAUCUGAAAACAAGAAAGAAGACAUAAAAAUAUUCCCAAAUUUGAAAUCUCUCUCCUUUAUGUGGUUGAAUGAGUGGGAAGAAUGGAGCGGGAUUGGAGGAAAAGAAGACGAAGACUGUAUUACUAUAAUGCCACGUCUUCAAAAGUUGAUACUUAGCUCCUGCAUAAAGUUAAAGUCGUUGCCGGAUUUCCUGCGUACAACUCCAUUGAAGGAAUUGGAGAUCUUUGACUGCCCAAUUAUCAAGAAACGUUGCCAAAGAGAGACAGGCGAGGACUGGCACAACAUUUCUCACAUCCCAAUCAUCAAAUUAGCUGAUUAUCCUGAGGAUAUGACGAGGGAUUCGGAUUCGGAUUUGGAAAUGUCCUCGGAUUCUGAAACUAACUUGGAUUCUGAUACGGAUAGGGAACAUGCCGAGGAUGAGGAAGAGGAGGACGAAAUCGAUGAGGAGGAUGAAGACGAUUCGGAUUGGGAACAUGCCGAGGAUGAGGAAGAGGAGGAAGAAAUCGAUGAGGAGGAUGAAGACGAUUCGGAUUGGGUACCAUCCCAAGCACGGGCACAACAUGUUAUGGGAUACAAGGAUACAACAUUUCUUGACAAACAAGAGCACAAAAUGUUGGAGAUACGGGAUAGGGAUUCGGAUUUUGAAGCGUCCUCAGAUUCUAAUAUGGAUUGGGUACCAUCCCAAGCAUGGGCACAACACGUUACGGGAUACGAGGAUACAACAUUUCUUGACAAACAAGAGCACAAAACGUCGGAGAUACGGGUACCAUCCCAAGCACGGGCACAACAUGUUAUGGGAUACGAGGAUACAACAUUUCUUGACAAACAAGAGCACAGAACGUCGGAGAUACGGGUACCAUCUCAAGUACGGGCACAACACGUUACGGGAUACAAGGCUACAACAUUUCUUGACAAACAAGAGCACAAAACGUCGGAGAUACGAUUUAGCUGUGGGUUAGAAUUGGCAAAUAUUGUGGUCAGCUCUGGUGUUCUGAACCAUUCUUGGGCUGCAGUUCAAGACCUGUACAGUGAAAUCAAUCAAAAUGAACAGCCAUCUUUGUCAGUAAGAUACAAAGUUUCUCAGCAACCAAAUUGUACCACCAUAGCUUUCGUUACUUGGCCUGUUUGUUCCAAAGACUAUAUUCAGGGUGGAGGAGGAGGGGAUUUGGUUUCAUCAACUCAUAAGGAGUCUUUUCCCCUCUUUGAAUUCCUGCGCACCAAAACCAACCCAGAUUUCUGCAUUAACAAAGCAGCACUAGAACUUUUUGCCUCCAUCCGUGAUAGGCUUCCCUCCUUGAAAUCUGAGAUUGAUUCCAGGCUGGUAAUUAUCACCGGAAAUUGUUUGGGAGGAUCUGUUGCUGCUCUCUUCACCUUAUGGCUACUAGAUUCAUUCAAUUUAUCAACCAAGAUACGCCCACUUUGCAUCACUUUUGGUUCACCUCUUGUAGGUGAUGAUCGCCUGCAAGAGGCCAUAUCAAAAUAUCCAACGUGGAACUCUUGCUUUUUGCAUGUAGUUUCUGAUCAGGAUCCAAUUCCCAGAGUCUUAAUUUCCCACGGUCCCAUGGGAUUGGCUUCGCAAACUAAUGUUUACAAGCCUUUCGGUACAUUUCUCUUAUGUUCGGAAUUGGGUUGUGCUUGUUUUGAGGACUGUCAAUCCAUUUUGGAGUUAUUGAUGGCAACCUACUCAGAGGGUCCAGAAAAUCAAAAUCCUAAUCAAGUUUUGGAGUUUUAUGAUGCACUUGUCCAACAUCUCAACCAUAAGGUAAUUCGCAAGGAUGCUACACAGUUGGUUGAAAGGAAUACAGAAUCAUUAAUGGCAGGCAUUAUUACACAACUAGAAGCAAUUGGACUGGAGCGACCACAGCAACAACAGCAGAACAAUGGCAUCAACAGUCUGAUUACAAAGACAGAAAGACAGGAAAAGGAACUGGUGAUCUUGAAGAGGCAUGCUUUUGAUCCCUCCAAGAAGUUGAAUGACAUGGAAAUAAAUAUGGUCUUGAUGGAAUGGUACAAGAAAAAUUUCAAGGAUAAGGGAAUUGGAUACUACGAUAGUUACAAGAAUCUAAGCUAUUCAAGUGAUCAUGCUGUCGUAAGGUAUAAGAAAAUGCUCACUUGUUAUUGGGAAAAAUUGGUUGAUGAAGUAGAGAAAAAGCCCCACAAGGAAGGUGUCUCCUUUCGUACGCAAUGGCUCUCUGCAGGAACAGAUUACCGAAGGAUGAUUGAACCAUUGGACAUAGCUGAGUAUUACAACAAGGGCCUAAAAGACUACAUAAACCAAGGAAGGCCUAAACAUUACAAACAAUUGGAGCAAUGGCUUAAUGAAGCAAACAAACCUGCAAGCAAUUCAAAUCAAUCGAAGAAGCAAAAUGUGGCUUCCAUUCUGUCGAAGGAUUCUUGCUUUUGGGCACAUGUUGAGGAGGCUCGAAUUUCAUGCAAAUUGUUGACUAGCAGAGAAUCAAGUAUUAAGGAGAAAGAAUCAUCAAAGCAGAACCUGAUUAAGUUUGAAAAGUAUGUAUUGUGUUUGAUGAAAAAUGAUGCAGUAUCACCUGAGAUUUUCUUGCCGUGGAGCAGCUACAUGCUGUGGUGGAAAGAGUAUGAGAGAAUCAUAAGAAAAAAAAUUAUGGGAACUUGUACUUCAUAUUUCACUGACUUAAUGAAGGAUCGCGGUUACCAAAAGUAUUCUACUGGCUGCCUAGAGAUUCUCUGAAUUUAUAUAUUGAUCAUACAUUUCAAUAUCUAUGUGUAGUGCUGGCACUUGCCCUCAAACUUGUAUGGUAUUCUGAAGUCAUUUCCCGAUAAAUUGUAAAGGACAUCAUCAUCAUCAUCUUUUCAACAUUUUUGUUAUCAUUUACCGUCAAGUUCAGCCUGACUGCCUGAGUUUUAAUUGCUAUCAUGGUUUGGUAGUUCGGUUUCAGGAAAAUCAUGUGGUUUGGCAUUGCCAC